AUUAAUGUUUUAUUAAGAGUCAACCGUUGACUUAAUAUUGUUGGUCUUUCUUUUAUGAAAAAAGUCCCAAUUAUAAAAUUAAAAGAAUAUCACUAAUAAUUUUAGGACUUGGAAGUAAAUUUCUAUUCAUUCAUCUCCUCAACUAGGAUGGAUGCCUUUAUUUCGUCCUCAAAUUUAUCAAAACCCAAAUUCAGGGGGUCAAUCUACAAUAUUACAAAGAUAGAAACACCAAACUGCAAUUCUUCCCGAAAGACCCUGAUAUAUUUUUUUUUCAUUUUAUUCUAUGCUACACCCGAUAAAAUUUACUGAGUUAUUUUCUACUAUACAUAUGUACAUGUAAUUUUAUAUAAAUGAAAAGUGAAAAAUUACUUAAUGUAUUUCAUCAAACGUAAGCCCAAUACUCUUCACAAUAGAACAAGGGUACACUUCUCAUAUUUCAUGAAAGUAUGGGGUCUCAAUAUUAAUUUAUAUUUUCCCUAUCCAACCCUCCAAAUGUAAAACCCCCUUUCAGCUUUUCUUCUCUACAUUUCAAAUACACAAAACAGACAAAUAUUCAUAAACAACACAGCUGAACACCAGAUAGGCACACCAGAUAUAUACAAAGAAGGAGAGCAAUCGGGAAUAAUUUCUUUUUUGCGUCUGCUAUUAAUUGAAUCCCCAAUAGCUGGGAUACUUAUAAACUCGACGCAUGCUUGCGGAUUGAAGAAACAAGGAAUCAAAACCCUAGAAAGAAAAAUCCCAUUCUAUCAGUACAUAUCUUGGAUACAUUCUGCAAGUUAAUUUACCCCAUCACUGGAUAGGAUAUAGCUUUCAGCACGGCACAACAAAUUUGAUCUCUCCUAUUCCUUACAAGCAUUCCAUGGAGCUGAAGGUCUCUCCUGAGAAACCAGGGUUUUCAUCUUCCGAUUUGGCCAGUGAUCCUGAGGACAAAGCAAUCAGUGAAGGUGAAGAUGAGGAUGAUGAUCGUAAUCACAAGCAUCGCAGACGUGAGGCACUUUCUCAAUCUCUGGGGGCUGAUCAAGGUUUGACAAGACCAUAUAGAAAAAGGAAUAGGCCCUUUGAAAAUGGGUACCCUUACAAAGAAGUAGACCCUCAAUCAGGUGAAACCUGGAACAGUUAUAAUAAUGCUUCAGACAGAGACUUCCCCUCAAGGUUUGAGAAGAGACAUUCAAACCAGGCCUCAUUUUCCAUGCCCCAUAAUGAAUUUAACCCAAGACUCGGGGGAAACCAAACAUUAUCAGGUCAAAUUGGCCCUGUUAGGGGUCGAGGAAGGGAACCUUUUCCAUGGGGGAUUCAUGAUUCCAGGCUUGGCUUGGUUGAUGUUUCAUCUCACAUUGUUCAGCAUGGACCUCUCCCUCCUGCUCUGUUUGCUGGCAGGGGCUUGCCAAGUAUUUCUAAUGCACAGACAUCUUGGAAUGCAUUUGGACUGGUUCCAGGCUUACCUAAUGGCAGGCUUGACUCACUUCACCCACUAGGUUUGCAAGGGGCACUCAGACCAGCUAUUAAUCCGCCAAUGAACAUUGGUAUUCAGCGGCAACGGUGUCGAGACUUUGAGGAACGUGGUUUUUGCUUAAGGGGGGAUAUGUGUCCAAUGGAACAUGGUGUCAAUCGUAUUGUUAUUGAAGAUGUACAGAGCCUUUCACAGUUCAAUCUCCCUGUUUCACUUUCUGGCUCACAGCUUCUGGGGACAUCUUCUGGACAAGGUGCUUUACCUGUAAAUAGCAAAGCUUUUCAUGCAAAAAGUAGCAGGCUUGGAAUGACUGAAGAUGGUUUUGGCCUGGCUGGUGGUGUUGUUGGAGGUUCUAUGGUGGGGGCAUCUGACGUGUAUGAUCCAGAUCAACCUUUAUGGGGAAAUAGUGGUCCCGAAACUUCAGCAGCAGUCCGAGCACUUAAUCAAUCAAAUGCGCAUGACACAGAGUCAUUUUUGGAAAUGGACCUCUCUGAUCAGCAGAACAUGGCACCUAUUGAAGGAUUUAAUGAUGAGCGUUCACUCCGAAAUGCCACCAAUAUUGGAUCUCAAAGUUCAUCUGUUUGGGGAAGGAUAGGUAGUUCAAAGCGUAGUUUAGGAGUAAAGGAAAAAAAUGAUACAGUUGGAACAUCCUCUUCUUAUCUUGACCGGAACAGCAAAAGUGAGAAAGAACUAAGUGCUGGUCUUUCGGAUGUUCCUCAUCAAGGGAAGUGGACAAAUGUUGAUGGAAACGGUCUAUUAGUUAAGAACCAUAGUGAUCCUGUUCACAGUAUUCGUAAACAAACUCCUCAGGCACUUCGUACUCUAUGUGUCAGCAGCAUUCCUGUGAAAGACAACAAAAGGGAAGCUCUUCUUUCGCACUUUCAGAAAUUUGGUCAGGUCAUUGACAUUCAUAUUCCUGCAAACAGUGAAAGGGCGUUUGUUCAAUUUUCAAGAAGGGAAGAGGCGGAAGCAGCAAAGAAGGCACCAGAUGCAGUUAUGGGCAAUCGAUUUAUUAAGCUUUGGUGGGCAAAUCGAGACAAUAUUCCUGAUGAUGGGAUGAGUGGCACCGCUAAUGUGCCAAUUACUCGCCGUGGAACGGCAAAUAAUCCUGCUAUUUCUCAUCCAUUUGUUCUUGAUAAAGGAAAGGGAAGUCCUCAUCCUGCAAGUGGCAAAGAUGGCAACGGCCAUCCGUCUGUUUCUCAGCAGUCGGUUUAUGAUCAUUCCAAGCUUGUGGUUGCUAAUGGUCCUAAAGCCCCCCCACUACAACAGAAGAAAUUGGAGAAUUUAGAGCUUUUGAAGGAAGAACUUCGUAAGAAGCAGGAAAUGCUUGACCAGAAACGAAAUGAGUUCCGGCGCCAGUUAGACAAACUUGAAAAACAAGCUGUAGGCCCCAACGAUGUGACGGCAUCAGAUCUGACCCCAAAAAAGCUUAAAGGUGAAACACCAUCUAAUCAUGCGAAAGCUGAAACUCCCAAGUCAUUACCAAGAGAUAACAUGAAGAAUGCGAAUGCCAUUUCUACUGAACAUACAUCCAAUUCAAAUCCAACCAUGAAGGUCCAGGAACCUUCGAAACCUUCAUUGCAUCCACCGACAUCUGUAGGGCCACCACCUCUUACAGUAAACAGAUUCAAACUGGACAACCGGCCCACAGCAUUCAGAAUCAUUCCUCCAUUACCAGCUGGCCUUGAAAACGUUGCUGCUUUGGAGGAGCACUUCUCUACUUACGGUGAUAUUUCUUCGGUGGAACUUGAAGAGUCAGAACUUCAAGGGACUAGCAAUGCUUCAGCAUCCUCCGAUACUUCUUCAGCUCGUGUUUGCUUUACAACAAGACGGUUUGCUGAAAAGGCAUUCUUGCAUGGUAAAUCAUGGCAAGGUCACAAAUUGCAGUUUAUGUGGCUCACGUCUAAUAACGAAGGUGCUCGGCCAGUAAAUGUUUCAGUUGCUUCUAAAAUAUCAUCAAAUGCUACUACUAACGUUAAGCCUGUCGGAGAAGAUGCAACCAUCGCUAAAAAUCAGAAAAAAUCUUCCUUAGAAACAGGGGAACCUGUAGAAGCUGAUGCAGAUUCUGAAUCUAUUUCGACCGAAAAGCAGCUUUCUUGAAGUUCUUGUCCCUGAUGCUGCUUCUAGCUGUACAGUGAGGUAAAAGUGAUGUCAGAUUAAAAUAUAAUUCAUAUGUUUUGUUAGAUGGUGCUAAAUUCUAGCUACGAUAACAUUUUUUCUCAUUUUUGAGAUGUGUGGGGAGAUAUCUAUAACUUUCGACUGUUAGCCAUAGUGAGUGCAACAUGUAAUUCAUUGUGUUUCGAUAUAGAUAUUUUUAGUAUAGUUACACUUCCAACUUUUUUUUAUUUGUUCUUUUUUGUUUUAAAGGAUGUACCUUGGAACAUUUGGGCUUCUCCAUGCCCUUUUUUACUGUGAUAUUUUUUAAAUAA